AGCGGCUGGCACUUUCCGCCCACCGCCGGCUUUCGGCGCGACGGUCGUGGAGUUCUGUCGUGUCGUGGUCCCGGUGGCGCCCGAGCCUGCAAUGUCAGGCCCCAACGGGGACCUGGGCAUGCCGGUGGAGGCGAGCGCGGAAGGCGAGGAUGAUGGCUUUGGAGAAGCAGAGUAUGCUGCCAUCAACUCGAUGUUGGACCAGAUCAACUCCUGUCUGGACCACCUGGAGGAGAAGAAUGACCACCUCCAUGCCCGCCUCCAGGAGCUGCUGGAGUCCAACCGGCAGACACGCCUGGAGUUCCAGCAGCAGCUUGGGGAGGCCCCCAGUGAUGCCAGCCCCUAGGCUCUGGGACCCUCCAGCCAGGCCCUCCCUCUGCCUCCCUGGGCUGGACUCAGGCACAGGCACAUACUAACCAGCCUAGACUCCUUCUCAGGGGUUGGUCUUCAGUCCUCCCAGCGGGUCUGCUUGCCUGGGCCAUUCCUCACUGCCCAGCAUCCUUCCUGGGGCCGGCUGUGGUCCUGUGACCCAUAUUACUUGUCUGUGUGCUGUGUGCCCAGCUCCUGGGCUCUCCCCAUCCCACCCAAGAUUGAGCCUCCAUAUUAAACAGGCCUCCCACACCA